AUGGCACCGUCGAAAUCGAGAGAGGGAAAGAAGGAACAGCCGAAGACGAAUCGCCGGAAGGCAUCAGCCACAUCCAAGAUGACGGCGCCGGCUAAUCCUCUGUCUGACGGACAUGCACCAACUGAUCUCGCUGAGCAAUUGGCCAAACCAAAGAACCGUAAUCAAAUGUAUGAUAUGGUCAAAGGUCAUGCGGCAAGCACUGUGCCUGAAUUUCUGAAAUACUUGCCUGAAAAUGUUCGAUUGCCAAUUCCUCUUCGAGAUAAUAGACGUUUCAAAAUUGGCCCAGAUGAAGAGUUUUUCCCAGGACAGUAUAUUAGAAUGGAAGGAGCAGAAUACAUUUUAGAUCGUGUCAAAAUGGUUGUCUGUCUCUGUCAUGAUGAACAAAUGAGUAAUUCGGAUGACUCGAAAUGCUUCACUUACUUUCCAACAGAACCAGAACAAACGAUGGAAGUUGAACAUAAGAAAGGAAAGUAUACACUUGUUUGUAAAUCUCGUGAAGGUCUCAGCAUGGGAGCAACGAAAUACGAAGUGGAAAUAACCGAUAGUGAAGCUGUUGUUGAGAAGAAUAGUGAUGAUCCGAAUGCUCUCAAUGAGAAAACUCGAAAGGUUCUUGUAUUCCAUAUGAAUACGUGGACAGGACAGAAACCAGAAUCUGGAAAUGUUUUGGAACAGGCUCAAAACGUGGCUCUUUUCUUCCGUGAAGUUAAAAAACACGAGUUGAAUAUUCUCCGUAAAAGCAUGGAAAACUAUGUGUCACCUGUGUUGAUUCAAUCAUUCGAUGCAAUCAAUCGUUCUGCAAUCGGUUGGGUUGCCUUGAUGCUUCUCAGAGAUGUUGAAAAACGUGAAUGUUUCGAUGUACCAAAUCUGAUGAAGCUGAUCAUGAAAUCACGUAUGGGAUCCAUAUCAACGUACUAUCAGUUUUGUUUCUGUAUGGCCGUCUGUUUGCAUAUUGGGAAGGAUGUUAAGUGGUGUGAAAAUGACUGUAACAAUGCUUUGACCGAGUUGACUGCUAAAUUUGGUGACCGGAAAUUGAAUGAACUCGGAAAUGUGGCCGUCUAA